UUCCUGUUGUCACCAGGAUUAGUGCCGACUGGGAAGUGUGUGUAUACUCUGAGUGUGAAACAACGUGGGCACCAUAUUUCUGCGAACAUACAUGAUUUACAGUCUUCACUCUGUAUCCGACUUUAUUAAUGAGCUGUUCGACUGAUAUUAGAAAGGAUGCAGAUUUCCAGCGUAAAUGACGUGAAGAUAUAUAACUUAAGCUGUGGAAAGUCGUUGCCUGAGUGGCUCUCGGACCGAAAGAAAAGGGCAUUACAGAAGAAGGAUGUCGACAUACGAAGGAGAAUUGAGCUCAUUCAGGAUUUUGACAUGCCCACAGUCAGUACGUCCAUUAAAGUGUCACGCGAUGGACAGUAUAUCCUUGCAGCUGGCACCUAUAAGCCCCGGAUUCGCUGUUAUGAUACUUACCAGUUGUCUUUGAAGUUUGAAAGAUGCCUCGACUCCGAUGUUGUAGCCUUUGACAUCCUGUCCGAUGACUACUCCAAGCUUGUCUUCUUGCAUUGCGACCGCUAUGUAGAAUUUCAUUCUCAAAAUGGCUAUUACUACAAGACGAGAAUACCAAAGUUUGGCAGAGACUUCUCGUAUCACAGUCCAUCCUGUGACUUGUACUUUGUUGGAGCAAGCUCAGAGGUGUACAGAUUGAAUUUAGAACAGGGGAGAUUUCUGAAUUCAUUACAAACAGAUGCAGUAGAGAACAAUGUGUGUGAUAUUAAUCCUGUCCAUUACCUGUUUGCUACUGGAACAGCAGAGGGGAAUGUUGAAUGCUGGGAUCCACGGACAAGGAAUCGAGUGGGCUUACUAGACUGUGCUUUAAGUAGUGUCACAGAAAAUACGCAGGUGGAAGGUUUGCCAUCAGUGUCUGCCCUGAAAUUCAAAGGGGCACUGCAUAUGGCAGUAGGAACAAGUACAGGCCAGGUUUUGAUGUACGAUCUCCGCUCCAGUCGCCCACUUAUUGUAAAGGAUCAUUAUUAUGGGCUCCCGAUCAAAGCCAUUCAGUUUCAGGACCAAUUAGAUUUGGUUUUGUCUGCAGAUUCCAAGAUUAUCAAGAUGUGGAACACAGAUACGGGAAAAGUAUUUGCCUCAAUAGAACCACAGCAUGACAUCAAUGAUAUCUGUUUGUAUCCCAAUUCUGGUAUGCUUUUUACGGCUAAUGAGGAUCCCAAAAUGAAUACAUUUUACAUUCCCGCUCUGGGACCAGCUCCACGCUGGUGUUCUUUCUUGGACAACCUCACAGAGGAGCUGGAGGAGAACCCAGAAACCACGGUGUACGAUGACUACAAAUUCGUCACCAGAAAGGACUUGGAAAACCUUGGCCUUGCACAUCUGAUUGGAUCCCCACUUCUUCGAGCUUACAUGCAUGGAUUCUUCAUGGAUAUUCGAUUGUACCAUAAGGUGAAGUCCAUGGCCAACCCAUUUGCCUAUGAUGAAUAUCGCAAGGAUAAGAUUCGACAGAAGAUAGAAGACACCAGGACACAAAGAGUGCAAAUAAAGAAACUGCCGAGUGUCAACAAGGAGCUGGCAAUGAAGCUAAUGGAAGAAGGGGAAGAUGAAGAUCUCCUGAAGAAAAAGAAAGGGAAGCGUAUGCCAAGCAUCCUUAGUGAUGAUCGCUUCAAGGUGAUGUUCGAGAACCCAGAUUACCAGGUGGACGAGAUGAGUGAGGAGUUCCGGCUGCUUAAUCCCAUUGUGUCGAAGGUCAACCAGAAAAGGAAAAAGAAGCUCAGAAUGCUGGAGCAGCAGGAGGCUCCUUUGCAGGAGGAAGAGGAAGAGCCCGAGGGGAAAGCCAGCGAGGAGGAGAGCUCGGACAGCUCCGAUGAUGACAAGAGCUGGGUGGAGGAGGUGAGGCAGCAGCGGAAGCUGCUGCGCCAGGAGGAGAAGGCCAGGCGGCGGGAGAAGAAGCUGGAGGACCGACGGACCAGCCUGGAGCCCCGAUUCUUCGAGAUCAAGGCUGGCGAGGAGUUCCGCAGUUUCAAAGACACGGCUCGGAAGCAGAAGCUGAAGAAAACUACGCUUGAAGAUCGUUUGAAACUCGAAGAGAAAUCUGGAACGCUCAGUGUCUCUGACACCACAGUGGGCAGCAAACAGCUGACAUUCAAACUGAAGAAGUCUGAGCAGCAGGAGAAGCAGCAGGAAGCUGAACGGCAGCACCACCAAGAGAGGAAGAGGCUGAGAAGAGCGGCCGGCCAUCUCCAGAGCAGGCCUUCCCGAGGAAGAGGACGAGGACGAGGACGCUUUUGAAAGAAAAUGUUUUUUUUUAUGCUGACUUCUGCCUGGGACCCUGGUUCAACCGUCCGGGGGUGCUAACGUGCUUUAGACAGUGGGCUUCAGCUCAGACACAAAGGUUAGGUAAAGAAGCCUUUCAGUACUUUACAAUAAAGCAGUAUCAACAGACCUUGAUACCUUCUUUUUCAGAUAAGGUUGCUUUGUACAGACAAAACAACUGUUAUUUUUCUUACGUUUACUGCCCUGCUGCCAGGCUUCAUGGUAUUUAUGCGCAACAUAUGUUUUAAACAUGGAGUGGAGUUUCCUUCAACAUGUUAAUGCAGAAAAUGUCCACACUUGUCUUUUGAAGGUUCUAGUCAGAACUGACGUUCAGCAGCGCCCUGCAAGUUCAGGCAUAUGACUGACCAGUUGACGCAACAUCCUUGUUAUUGAUGUUACUUGUGACCAUGGAGGAAGCGGAAUGAACUUGAUUACAUGACUUUUCAAGGUCUAAAGUGAGGCAACAGUUUUGUGUUUUUUUUUCCCAAUGCACUCCUCCUUGGUCCAGUUUGAAGCAGUGUAGCCCAGGGUCGAGCUGUUCAUGGUAAUAUACGUUUUUAAGAGGCAGUAACUAAAACAAACAGCUUUUAGAAAAAAAAGAGAAACAUCGACCACUAACGGGCUGUAUUCCUGAAUUCUCAGGAGUAAUGUCAAUGAUGCUCAACAUUUUAAAUACAUUUUAAGGAUAUCAAAUAAUUAAACUUCAGAAUGACUGUGUUGCAGUUUGGAGCAAGUUUCAAAGUGCUCUGUCCCCAAUAAAAAACAACUGACAGCA